AUGGAGUCUCUAUCGCAAGCCCCGGAAUCGCGCUUCGAACCAUGCGCCUCGACGGCGUCGUUGUUUCUGUAUACCCAGGGCUCGGCGAUCCUGUGUCUCCACCAUGAUACCCUCGCAAUUGAGCGGCGGUUUCAGAACCACCAGGAGAACAUUGAAUUUAUUUCGGUGGACAAUGUCAGCGAGCGUGGUGCUGGGCGAUUGGUGGUCAGUUACGAUGUAGGCCAAACGGCCAUCGUCUGGGACAUUUUCACGGGGACGGAACUUGCAAGAUUUGCAUCAUUCGAACAGUUGAAAGUUGCUUCGUGGAUGUACAAUGGCCAUGUUGCUUUCGGUGAGAGAAAAUAUAUCUACCCCCAUGAUAUUCGGUGUUGUAUUAGGGCUAAUGGAGAGCUCGGUUCAGGCAACGGUAAGGGCGAAGUGAUUCUGUUCGAGCCCUCGACCUCCGAGCAUAUCUCUGCGCGCACGAUUUUUGACCCUAUCACGGCCCUUGCGCCCGCGAUGGAUUGCCGCACUUAUGCCAUUGGAUAUCAAAAUGGAUCAAUCUUGAUCGCGACUCUCCUACCCCAAUUCACUAUCCUUCAUACAUUAACUACUUCUCGCGGGCCGUCUCCCAUCCUCUCGCUGGCCUGGCAUGCAUCUUCAUCGAAGCAGAAAUCUGAUAUGCUGGCGACCCAAUCCUCGAACGGUGACUUGAGGGUUUGGAGCGUGGCAAAACCACCGGGAAAGGAGUCUCCGCGAGUGAUUAGGGUUUUGAAACGAUCAGACUCGACAUCUGCUGAUCCAAAGUGGAUGGCAUGGUCUAAAAACGGGAAAGUCGUGCAAUACCUCGAAGGGGAAACAUGGGCAUGGGAUGUCCGAACCAAACAUGUCACGUACGAACCGAUUCCGACAAUAGACGAUGUGCGAGGAGUGGCGAACUACGGCCCCACCGCGACGCUUUUCACAAUCGGCCCUCAUGGCUCAGUGCAGCAGUAUGAUCUGGACAACCUGGCUAUGGUGGCCAAUGUGCAACACCUCCCGGUUGGCGCGCGAUCUCUAGCCUCCGAAGAGGGUCGGUCACGGGGGAUGUCUCCGCGACGACUGCAAGAUCCCCCCGAAAUCCGGGAACUGGGAGCUGGCAGACGAACACCCUUCGAUCCAAAUGGAAUCGACAAUCUAAAACAGCAACGGGUUGAUCUGACCAGCCCCGCGUCAUCACGAAGCCGAACGGAAUCCGUCAGCUCCAAAGCAUCAUCUGGCAAAUAUAGAACUGGAACCUUUUCACCACCGAGUCGAUCCGGUCAGAGUUCUACAACUUUCUCUUUGACAUCUGCCGGCAGAGAUACGCCGCAGCCUUCGGCCUCGUAUACUUACGCCCCGUCAGUCUCAAUGUCGUCUGUUAAGAGUUCCCGGGCCGGAUCGCGGUUGCGCAAUGAGGUUCACAUGAGCCCUGCUGAAAAGGGGAUUGUCGAUUUAUUUCCUUUUAUUCGGGCUCGGCUGAACGACGUGCCCUAUAGACAACAGCCACCUCUUGACGAGAGCCGUUUGACCCCAGAUGAUCUGCGACAGCAAAUGCUGAGUGUGGUGUUUGGUUGGGAAGGAGAUAUCCAGGACCUGAUCAGAGAUGAGCUCAGCCGCCACGCCGUCGCUAGCCAGAGCGCCAUUCUGCUAACGCAAUGGCUGGGAGAGAAUGACACCGAUCAAAUGGUUUCAAUGAUCAACCCUGGACAAGUAACCACUUCCGACUGGAUGAUCCUAGCCUUGAGUCAGAUGAGCGGCCAGGCACAGGCCAACAAGGUUGGGCAGGCCUUUGUGCAGAAAUUGCUGGAGAUUGGCGAUGUUCACACCGCAGCCUCAAUCUUGCUGGGCCUCGGAGAUAGCAAUGAUGCCAUCGAAGUCUAUGUUUCUCGCAAUCACUUCUUGGAAGCCAUUCUGAUGACUUGUCUCCUGUUGCCAUCGGAUUGGCAGCGCCAGUCCUAUCUCGUUCGCCGAUGGGGCGAAUAUGUUGUCUCACAUUCCCAGCAGCAGCUCGCCAUCCGCUGCUUCAUGUGUACCGGCGCGGAGCCCUCUGAACCAUGGGCCUCUCCCGCUGCUCAGCAAGCUGCUUCCUUUGCAGAAAUGAUUCAUGGGAGGUCACCUUUGGCUUCACCCGAACCUCCACAAUCCGCCAAUGCGAAUUCAAUGCCGCCGCCUCAGCGACCUCAGUCCGCAUCUAACCAGCGGCCUGCGGCCAAGACACCCGCGCUCAAGCUGAUUACUUCCUUCGAUUCCCAACCGAAUCAACACAUGCGUCUCCCUGGAUUGAAGUCUGACGACCGUACGCCCACCAACGCUCCGGGCAUCACUCCUAUUGCCGAGUCUGCAGUGGUCGACUCGGCCAUCUCUCCCGGUGGACAGGGGUCGUACAAGCUCAACAACAUUCAGAGCCUGAACCAAGCCAUGACAUCUCGAACAAACACACCAUCGUUCAAUCGACGUCGUUUGCCCUCGAUAGGAGAGACACCGGUGGAUGUGCACCCUCCGGCGUUUUCACGCUCAAACUCCUAUGACCGACCAGGCGAGUAUGGCUCAACAUCGGAGAACGAUGAGACAAGCGGCCAGGAACAAAGCCAGGAUGAGCAAGAAGGUGACGGCGGUCUACUGACCCUAUCGGCUGCAAGAUACAACCCCGCGCAAGAAUCCUUCAAGCCCAGUCCCCAGACAGCAGUCCAGGCAACAGACAGGUUUGCCUCUAUUAAAGGACUCCCGUCUCCAGCGCCAGGCGUGUUCGAGGCAUUAGAGCAAUUGGACUAUCGAAAUGGCUCCCGGGAUCGCAAACCAGACGGACUCCAGAUUGAGCUUGUUCAUGCUGAAGAGGCCAACCCAGAAAACCAAGACCGUCUUCUUCCCAGUGCCAAGAGCACUACAUCGACUUUUAACAGCUAUGCCUCGACCAAGAGCCCUAGCGUCAGUGGCCGUAGCAUCGACCAAUACAUCAGCAGCCUGGAUGAAGCCAACUUCCACGCAAGGAAGCACCGUGGUCGCCGUACUCCUGGCCGCGACAGACACAACGUAGACGAUACCGUCAGCCAAAGCUCUCGGGUCCAUCACUCUCGGGAGGCCUCUCAGGAAACUCGUGGUAGAAAUGAACGUCGAUACAUUCAGCCAGCUAAGCGGUCGCCAUCUUCCCCAGUACCCAUGUCUCCUGAAGAGGUGGCUCGCUAUCAUGCCGGAGGCGCUGAACGAACAGAGGAAUCGAAGCCGUCGAAGCCGCGCUCCCGCGCUAGAAGUGGCAGCAAAAUGAGGAAGCCAGGAUCCCGGAGCCGUCAACGCUCAUCUAGCCGAAACACAGCGAACCGCGUUGGUGGCGACAAGCGCGAUCCAUCAACUCGGGGCCGGAGCGUCGAUCGGGAAGGGUCUAACAUACGCUCACCGUCGUCGCCUCUUCCAAUGACUCUGCCUGCUGAAGAACCCCUUCGGCGCGAGGAGGCAGAUGACCCUCUAAGACUUGUUACUAGCAACAGGGAGAGGCGCCUGCGCUCUCACCAGCGAAGCGCUAGCCGACGUCGCGCGGAGCGAGGAACAAGCGCAAAGCGAGAGCCGUCUUCCGAGCCAAAACACAAGCCAUCGCACAGCCAGCCCGAGCUUCACCAUGGCUUUAAAAUGGAUGCACCCGCCGAGCCAGCAGGGCUUGAACAACUGAGCAACAAGGUCUUCGGCCAGGAAAAUGUCUUCACCUAUGGCAACUCCCGCGAAGAGUCGAAUCCCGCGGCCGAUGAAGCCCGUGACGCUGUAUCUCCCACGACACCCUUCGUGAGCCUGGCAGAGAGAAAGCGAAGAGAGAUUGCAGCAGCUGAGCUUGAGGCACGACGGCUUUCUCUCGCCAGAAACCCAUCUGCACCGAAUAUCCCCUUCCCUGGCGAGCUGCAAACCUCCCGCACUCCAAUUGAAAGCCCCCCCCCGUUCCAUGGCAAUCCCUACUUUCCACGAGUUCCCUCGAGAAACCAAAUCCCUCCGGGCAAAGCAUCACCCGAGUACCAGAGCAGCUCGGAUUCUGGAUCCUCGCGAUCCGGUGUGCCUCUCGGACUUCCAGCCACCCCAAGGGCGAUGCGCCACCCCAAGUAUGGCACCGGACACGCAGAGGAACGGCCUCCUUCUGUCCCCAGCAUCCCAACCGACGGAAGCAUGCUCCUAUCCGACGUACGCUACGAAGGCGACGCCGAGAGAAUCGGACGAUCGAUGUCGGUACCCAUGCCAGAGGGACCAGGCGGCGCCAAUCACGCUGCAACGCCAGUACCAACAGACCUCCCCAUGCACCCGCGCUUCAACCCACACAUCCCGCGCAGCCGGUCCAGCAGCCGCACCCGCAACAUGGGCCACCGCCGCACUAGCUCGGGCGGGUAUAUCUCGGGCAUCUCGCCACAGGUGACAGUGAGCAUCGAAGAAACAAUCGAGAACGCAAUGCAGCGACGCCCAUCGGCACCGCACAUCGAGACCACACCACCACCACCACCACCUCCACCCCCGCCCAUUCUCCCUGAACUGCAGCAUCUCAACACCCCGCCACCGCCCCCUCCUAUGCCCUUCGUCUCGGCGACGGCGGGGUCUCCGCGCGAGUCCUCUGCUACGAUCGAUGUUGCCAUCGACAACGAGGAUAUGGGCCAUCUGCUCCCUCGUGCUAUGACUGCCGCCCCGACUAUGAAUGUCACUGAGUCUCGCCAGUCGCUUGGCCGUCGCAUGUCGUUUGAUCAUCGCCGCAACCGCAGCUCGAAUGAGAGCUUCGCGAACAAGCUGCGCAGUCUGACGCGUAUGCGCAGGGAUAGUCGCAGUGUGGAGCCGUCUGAGUUGCCGUAUGAGACUCUGCCGCCGCAUGCUAUGGCGCCUGCUCACAACCAUGGUUUCUGA